UAUGCUAAGUUAUGAACGCAAUGCUUGAAGACUUUUGUCAUGAGAUCUGUCAGUUUCCGAUACGGUGACGAUGAGGUGGUGUGCCAGAAGUAUUUUGAGAUGGAUGAUCGCCGCAUUUUUCGUCGUUUGUUACACUGUUUUAGUUUUAAUGUGGCAGGUCGAUGUUCGGCAGAAUCAGGUGUCUCAGUGGUCAAACAGUCAAGAUGGCGGCGUCAGAGGGAUUUUUCGAAAAACACGUGAAUUGUAUCAAGAAAAAAGUUCGCGCGUUUCACAACAGAAUGGAAUAAACAGCCAAAACAUUUUGUAUCAAUCAGUCAAUCGUAUUAUUACCUCCACAGAGAGGAAUAAUUUCAGUUCUAACUCUCAGACUACGAAUUUGAACGAUUUGUUUAUAAGCAUCAAAACUACAAAAUUAUUUCAUCAAACUCGUCUGAAUGUAAUUUUACGAACAUGGUUCGUGUUAGCAAGAGAUCAGACAUACUUCUUCAGUGAUGCGGACGAUCCUCUUUUUUUCUCAAAGACACGUGGUCACUUCAUUAAUACUAAUUGUUCAACCACUCACAAUAGGAAAGCUUUGUGCUGCAAAAUGUCUGUAGAAUUUGACACCUUUCUUGAAAGUGCUAAAAAAUGGUUUUGUCAUUUUGAUGAUGACAAUUAUGUUAAUGUACCACGUCUUUUAAAAUUGCUUCAGCAACAUAAUCCUCAAGAAGAUUGGUAUUUAGGAAAACCAAGCAUCCGUUCUCCCCUGGAAAUCAUAAAUCGGGAUGACAUGCAGAAGAAUGUAUCGUUUUGGUUCGCGACUGGUGGUGCUGGCUUCUGUAUUAGCAGAGCGUUAGCUCUAAAAAUGUUACCUAUUGCUAGUGGUGGAAAGUUUAUUAGUAUUGGAGAAAAAAUUAGGUUACCUGAUGAUGUGACAGUGGGUUAUAUUAUUGAAUACCUUCUGAAGAAAAAGUUAACAAUUGUAAAUUUAUUUCACUCCCACUUUGAACCUAUGAAAUUUAUAAAGCAAGAGGCUUUUGCUGAUCAAGUAUCCUUCAGCUACACUAGAAGUGGCCAAGAGGAGAAUGUUUUACAAAUUGAUGGUUUUGAUGAAAAAGUGGAUCCUACCAGGUUUUUAUCAUUACAUUGCCAUCUCUUUCCGAACUUCAGUUUCUGUCCCAGCUGAUACAUGUAAAUAGGAAUAAGUGUGUUUAUGUCCCUCAAAAAGUGAAAAAUGCCAAUGUGUUUUUGCCUUUUUUGGAACAGGAAAAGGUUUAUUGAAGUCAUUGUUUAACAAAUUAUUCAAGAAUAUUAACAUAUCUAAAUCAUGUUUAAACACUCUUGUUUUUAAAGAGUAAUUGAUAUGAUCUGUUUGUUUAUGCUAUUUUCUUUCUUCUUCUUCUUUUUAAAUCCCUGAGAAAUUAUAAGACAAACUUUUGAAUUCUACAAUAGCAUUUCUCAAAAGUCUGAAUCAUGAGUUGGUUUUUUUUUAUUUGUAGUGUUGAUUGUGCUUCGUAGAAAACUGAUAUUUUCAGGUAUUUUGCUAUUUGCAAUCCACAAAUUUUGGAAUAUAUAGGAUGUUCUGUCAGCACAUUCUCAGAAUUGAUAUUUGAAGUUUAACAUUUCCGUCAAAAUAAAAUAAAAUAAAGUGAAAUAAAUAACAAAUCAAAUGAGUUACUGUUUAUUUUAUUUAUUACUUUUUGAAGCUAGCCAUAUUGCUCUGAAGUUUUACAAUGCCUGCUCAAAAGCAUAAUUAACCUUUUUUUUUUAACAAUGCACUUACUGAUUUAUCAUAUUUAUGUGCUUAAUAUAAAAUAAUUACUAUCAUUUUUCAAUAGAUUGUUGAUUAAAUAUUUUUUCAGAUGACCU